GAUAAAAUUUAGAAGGUACCAUUGCAGAUAGCCUUAUUUACCCUAAAGUCUCUCCAAGACUCCAACCGUCGGAGUACACGCGGGUGCCAUCAUUUAACAGUUUCCUUUUUCGUUUCCUUCCCUCCCCACCGUCCGGCCUAUGGGCUAUCGAUGAUUGAUAACUGAUUGGCCCACUUCAAUUCCAGCCGUCUCGUUGGCAGCCGCGCGAUCCUUCGAAAGCCGACGAACCCCACCACCGCCACCGCCCCCGCCCCCAACGCAGAGGAGGGAGAGAGAGAGCGGUUUGCCCGCCCCGUGACCCGCCGACGCAACUGACACCGACGCGGUCGUCCCGUCUUCCUUCUCCAGUCCUCCUCCUCGUCGUCGUCGUCGUCGCGCGAUGGCUUCGGGCGCCUCCGGGGUCGCGGCGCUCGGGAUCUCCGGCGCCGACGGCGAGUGGGCGGCCGCGUGCCCACCGCUGCGUCGGAACCUGCACCUGCUCGCGCCCGACGAGGUUGAACUUGCAAAAAUGCUGUUGAAUGAGGGGCAGAUGCACCUGUUUGAACACUGGCCAGAACCAGGUGUUGAUAAUGACAAGAAAAAAAGCUUCUUUGAUCAGGUUCGUCGACUUAAUUCAAGCUAUCCUGGAGGGCUGGUAUCGUACAUCCAGAAUGCCAAAAAACUUUUGGCAGAUUCAAAGGCAGGCAAAAAUCCAUAUGAUGGUUUUACUCCUUCUGUUCCUUCAGGGGAGGUAUUGACCUUUGGCUAUGACAAUUUUGUUUCACUGGAAGCAGCUGGGGUAAAAGAAGCACGGAGUGCUGCAUUUGUUCUUGUAGCUGGAGGGCUUGGUGAAAGACUUGGCUAUAAAGGAAUUAAGGUAGCACUCCCCAGGGAAACAAUUACUGGAAAAUGUUUCCUUCAACAUUAUAUAGAGUCUAUUCUGUCUUUACAAGAGGCCAGCUGCAAAAUGGUUGAUGACGGGUGUCAUACACAGAUUCCAUUUGUUAUUAUGACUUCUGAUGAUACAAAUGCGCUAACCAUCCAGCUUUUGGAGUCGAACUCCUAUUUUGGAAUGGAACCAUCUCAAGUGAAAAUACUAAAGCAGGAAAAAGUAGCGUGUCUAACUGACAAUGAUGCAAGGCUUGCAUUAGACCCAAAUGACAAGUACAAAAUUCAGACAAAGCCACAUGGGCAUGGAGAUGUUCAUUCUCUUCUUUAUUCAAGUGGCUUGCUUGAGCAAUGGAAAAGUGAAGGGCGGAAGUGGGUUCUCUUUUUCCAGGAUACAAAUGGACUGCUUUUCAAUGCAAUACCAUCAGCAUUAGGUGUCAGUGCCACUAAGGGUUACAACGUAAAUUCUCUUGCAGUUCCUAGGAAGGCAAAGGAAGCAAUUGGAGGAAUUACCAAACUUACUCACGUUGAUGGUAGAACAAUGGUCAUCAAUGUAGAAUACAAUCAGCUUGAUCCACUCCUUCGUGCAACUGGAUAUCCUGAUGGAGAUGCAAAUUGUGAAACAGGGUAUUCUCCAUAUCCUGGAAAUAUUAACCAGCUGAUACUGGAGCUUGGACCAUACAUUGAGGAGCUCAAAAAAACACAUGGCGCCAUUUCUGAAUUUGUAAAUCCCAAGUAUACUGAUUCGACCAAGACGGCAUUUAAAUCUUCCACUCGUCUAGAAUGCAUGAUGCAAGACUAUCCAAAGACACUGCCUCCUUCAGCAAAAGUUGGAUUCACGGUGAUGGAUACAUGGCUUGCUUAUGCUCCUGUGAAGAAUAAUCCUGAAGAUGCAGCUAAAGUUCCAAAAGGCAAUCCUUAUCAUAGUGCAACCUCGGGAGAGAUGGCAAUUUACAGGGCGAACAGCCUUAUUUUGAAAAAGGCUGGUGCCCAGAUAGCUGACCCUGUAGUGGACACCUUCAACGGGCAAGAGGUAGAGGUUUGGCCACGCAUAACCUGGAGUCCACGGUGGGGUCUUACCUUCAAGAAUGUCAAGGAGAAAGUGCGUGGGGACUCUUCCAUUUCUCAGAGGUCAGCUUUGGCCAUCAAUGGUCGGAACAUCUUCCUUGAAGGCCUUUCAUUGGACGGCACUCUUAUUAUCAACGCUGUUGAUGAAGCUGAGGUUAAAAUUACCGGUCAUGUACAAAAUAAAGGCUGGGCUAUCCAGCACGUCGACUACAAGGACAUCUCAGAGAAGGAGAAGAUCAGGAUCCGUGGAUUUAAGUUUGAGAAGGUUGAACAGCUAGAGGUGAACUACACGGAACCAGGAAAGUAUUCCUUGAGUGCAUGAACAAAGCAUUCCCUUGAUUGCUUGAUCGACCUGACCAGGUUCCAACCACUGGAAAUAGUUCACGUCACGAUUGCCUCCCAGAUUUUAGGAGGCCAUUACCAAUGACCUGAAAGUGUUCUUGUCCUUGGCAAGUACUAAUAAGGUGCAAUGUGCUUCACCAAUCAGUCAUCAUUCUUAAUGUAUAUUUGUACUUGUAUAGUACCCUCGUUUAUAGCCAAACCUUUUUCCCACUUUUGUGUAAUCAAAGUUGAAUAUUUAUAUUUGAUCCGAUGUUGCUGCAAUAAUUUAUAGUGAAUCAAAACUUGGUGCUGAAUCAAAAAGUACGUGCGGGCAAAA